CCAAGAUAUCUUUGAAUGAUUGACGUAGUCGUACGUGGAGCGUUGAAAUCGGCACUGGCACAAUCAAGAAUAACCAAACCGAUUACCAUUUUACUUUCUACGGGGCAGCGUUACGCUGCAUGCAAAUGUAAUCCUCCUGGCGAUUUGCUUACGCUUCGUCGCGAUUUACGUCUGUUAAAGCUCGUUGGUAGUCGGUCUUGGUAUAUCGGCUUAUUAUAUGAGCGGCGUACAUCAUCGCUUGACUUUCCGAUCGAGUUUGCUGGCUAAUAGCAGGAAACAGUGACCUUCUACGUAGACAGUGGUGUCUUGUAUCGUGGCCAGUAAACGUAUCCGAUUCUGUCGACGGACACCGAUAGUCCAUGGCCUCUCCUCGAUCGUUUUGUCACGCGAAUAGCUUGGCACCGACCAAUUCGCGACACCGGUAAAAGAAAAAAAAAAAAGAUACGAAAAUUAAACGUUUUGUGCACGAUCUCCGAAACGAUUCGAUUUCUAACGAUGACUAAUUAUCGUUUGCUAUACGCGAACUCGUCGAGCGUUACCGUACGCGCAGAAUUGGGAUGAUCGUCGUAGAAUUCGUUCGUUGAAACACUUUUGACGAAAGCUUUUUCGACUCUCAACGAGCAAUAGGAGAUGCCUGUCUCGCGGUGGUUCGAGCAAACAAUGUAACUAUUCAUUUCUAGUGCCUCGGAUUAAUGCAAUUUCUUCAGGAACUUCGAUAUUCUAGUCGCUGGAAGAAGAAAUCCGGUGUGGCGUGGGAUGAGGAAACGAGAGAAAAUUAGGAAAAAUGUACGGCCUAAUAUUAGAGAAUAUGUCCGAGUACAUACGGCAGGUCUACGGAGAAGACAGAUGGGAAGAAAUUCGACGACAAGCAUGCGUGGAACAACCUAGUUUCAGUGUUCAUCAGGUUUACCCUGAGAACCUUAUACCGAGAUUAGCGAAAAAAGCUAUUCAGGUACUUGGCAUAACGGAGAAAGAAUUUUUCGAUCAGAUGGGUGUACACUUCGUAGGAUUCGUUGGCCAGUACGGUUACGAUCGUGUGCUUUCAGUACUUGGACGUCACGUAAGAGAUUUCCUUAAUGGAUUGGACAAUUUACACGAAUAUCUCAAGUUUUCCUACCCGAGGAUGAGAGCACCUUCGUUUAUUUGCGAAAACGAAACGCGACAAGGCCUGACUCUCCAUUACAGGAGCAAGCGUCGUGGUUUUGUUUAUUACACGAUGGGCCAGAUAAGGGAAGUGGCUCGUCAUUUUUAUCACAAGGAAUUACAGAUCGAGCUCGUGUGCGAGGAGGUCCUUUUCGACACCGUACACGUCACUUUUCAGCUUACCUUUGAUAACAGAGCUUUCACUCAAGCUUCGUUGGCGAUGACCCGCGAAGAGAAGCACUUGCCCAUAGGAGCCUCCGUCUUGUUCGAAAUAUUCCCCUUUUGUAUCGUUUUCGGGUCGGACAUGAUUGUAAGGAGUAUCGGAAAUUCGCUGAUGGUGAUACUGCCCGAUCUAGUCGGUAAAAAGAUCACACACUUCUUUGACCUCGUCAGACCGCUCAUUGCAUUCAAGUUUCAUUCGAUUUUAAACAGAACGAACAACAUCUUCGAAUUGGUAACCGUGGAGCCGAUUCUCACGGAACGUCCGUCCGAUCGACACAGAAACGAGAUUUUCUUGAGCGACGAGCUCGACUCGGUGAACGACAGAACUUUAAGAUUAAAAGGCCAGAUGAUAUACAUGGAUAACUGGAAGAUGAUGAUGUACCUCGGUACUCCCGUUAUGCCGGACCUGAAUGCCUUGAUCGCGACAGGCCUCUACAUAAAUGAUCUUUCCAUGCAUGAUUUCAGCAGGGAUCUAAUGCUUGCUGGUACGCAGCAAUCGGUAGAAUUGAAACUAGCUCUGGAUCAAGAGCAAUUGAAGAGCAAAAAGUUGGAGGAGUCUAUGAGGAAACUAGACGAAGAAAUGAAACGUACGGACGAACUACUUUAUCAGAUGAUUCCGAAACAAGUGGCGGAUCGUUUGAGAAACGGAGAAAGUCCUAUAGACACGUGCGAGAUGUUCGAUAGCGUGUCAAUUUUGUUCUCGGACGUAGUCACGUUCACCGAGAUCUGCAGCAGGAUUACACCGAUGGAGGUCGUGUCUAUGUUAAAUGCUAUGUAUUCCCUUUUCGACACAUUAACCGAAAGGAACCGGGUGUAUAAGGUCGAAACGAUCGGCGACGCUUACAUGGUGGUGUCCGGUGCACCAGUGAAAGAAAACGAUCAUGCGGAUCGUGUUUGCGACAUGGCGCUCGACAUGGUCGAAGCGAUCACGGAUCUUAAAGAUCGUUCUACAGGUCUCCAUCUUCAAAUACGGGUUGGAAUUCACAGCGGCGCCGUGGUGGCUGGCAUCGUCGGCUUAAAAAUGCCGCGAUAUUGUCUCUUCGGUGAUUCUGUGAACACUGCAUCGCGAAUGGAGGCGACGAGUCAGGCGAUGCAAAUUCAUAUAUCGCAAUCCACGCGAGAACUAUUAUCGCCGUCGUACAAAGUAAAGGAACGAGGGGAAAUAGAGGUGAAGGGCAAAGGGACGAUGAAAACUUACUGGCUGGAAAAGAGGGAAUACAGGUCAUCGUCGACGAAAGGGAUUACUAUUCAAGAACCACCGCAGUGGCACACGAGGAGCAUCGAGAAGCGAGUUUCAGCGGGAACAACCGGUACCUUCACAACAUCGUCUAUGUUCGACAGCCAACAUUGUUUAGACACGUCCUCCAGACGUGGUUCCAAGAUGGUAUCUCCAGCACUCCCUGAUUCCUCGUUUCUUCCCGAAGAAAGAAGAAUCUAUUCGCCGAUCACGUUUCAGGACGUUGCUCGGAGAUCAGUCGCAAAUUCACCAACGAAGAAUACCGAUACAAAGGAUUGUAGGUCGAACUCGAUGGGAGCAGUGAUCACUAGGAACAUGGACAUGUUUAGCUCACUUCUGAACGACACGGAGGAACACUUUCGACAGCACAGGGACAGCCUGUCGCCUCGCUUGGAGAACCAGUCACCCGGACAGCAAACGAAGACAGAAGUACAAGUGAACGCGAGUUCAAGCUCAGUGUCCGAGGAAUCGUACGAGGACAGGGCGUCUUCCGUGGACGCGAACGUUUCAAAGCGAGAAAAGGACGUGUUCUGCAAGAAGGGCAAAGGAUAUCACGCGCCGUUUCACAGCGACGUCAGCAACUCGCAGUCGUUGACGCAACAGGAUCAAUGUUGUCCUGGCUUCACCAUGUCGAAGAGUGGUAAAAUGCGUCACAACAACGGUUGCAGCAUCGUCUAAUAGAGAAAUUUGUCAAGUUCAACGAUCGAUUUGCCUUCUGGACAAGUUCUACAAACUCCCGUCGAAGAUCAGCCGAGCUCAUAUUCUCUGAUAAAAAAAAUUUGAUCUCCGCUUCUCGAUUAGUUGAAAAUUUAUAACGAGAUUCGUUACGAUUAUAUUUCUUGGAAGAACUUGAACUUUUACCGAUAGAGCCUGCGUUAAUAGCUGCUAUACUCUGAACUAUACUCUGUUCAAUGAGAACUGGCGGGAAAUAUGAACAGCUGCAUGCGAGCAACGCGUGAUCAGACCAAGGACGAAACGUCAUGUUCAGAUCUCUACAUAGUAGGAAAAAAGCUAAUUUUUUAAACAAAAAGUACUCAUUCUCAAUAUUACUAUAAUAUUAAUAUUAUUACAUAAUAGUGUAAA